AUGGACUCUCACCACUCUGAAUUCGUGGUCUCACCUCCUCCCUCUUCAGACCCAACACCAAAGAGUCCUGCGCUCGCCUUCGAGCCAACCUCGAACGACUCUCUUGCACCACGUAUCCCGUCACCUUCGAAACAGACAGAGAAGUCAUCACAGUCGCUCGGACCGCAAUCCAUCACGGGGAUCAUGAGUCCACGAGGAGAACAGGACCUGCAGGUUAUUGUUGAUCAGCAGGCGAGUGCUAUGGACAGGCUGCAUGAAGCAUUUGCGGCAGAGCGUCAGGUAUGGAAUCUGGAGAAGGACUGGUUGCACCAGCGCAUAGCAAGCCUGGAGCAGCUGCUGAAGACGAGGGAUCACCAUAGUCCUGCCAAAUCGCCUGUUAUGUCACCAUUGAGCACCGUUUUCAAUGGCAAUGGCAUCAUCUCAUCACCACAAUCUCGAGCAAUGAGCGGCACUCCUCACUUACCGAGCAUCGCUGAAGACGAUGGCAUUCAGCCAAUGCCGCUGUCGCGAAGGCGAGAUGGUGCUCCAGUAUCCAUCGACUUCUCGAGGCGGCCACCUGUGCCUGCAGUUACACUAGCGAGAUCAAGCCGUUCGCAAAGACAAAGUUCAGUCUCGUUUGACCAGGAGAUCAGAGUAGAUGAGGUACCCAUCUCGCCCCCUACAUCUGCGAUGCCAAUGUCGCCUCUUUCCCCAGCUAACCGUGCUGAGGCUGGUCACACACCACUCAAGGCCGCCGAUCGGCCAUCGACUCCCCCUCCAGGCAAGAUGACCUUCGAUGGCAUCGAAGACACUCCCACGCGCAACAACACACACAUCAAUCUCAUGUUGACGAGAAGCAAUGAAGACGAAGAUGACGUCUUACUGAAGGGUCCACUGUGUAUGCCAGAGCUGCCCAACCAGCCCGAUGCAUCCAACUUCACGCUCGAGGCAUUGUCGAAGCGACUCGAGCAAGUAGCACGGAGCCCGGAGGAGUCUAGGCCAACGAUAUACAAUGAGCCCAGCCCAGGUAUGCUGUCGCCGAAAGAACCAGCGCCCUUGGACUCAGCUGUCUCGGACCACCCGCACUCAGCAUCACAGCACUCGCCCGCUAUUUCGCCUGGCUCUCUCGCGCCGGCAGCCGAAGCACCACAAGAGCUGUACAACGGGGUGAAGCUGAAGAAGAAGCCUAGCGUCAACUUCGGGGCUCCUUUCGGUCAGCUCGGAGGAUUUGGCGGGAGGAAAUUGUCGUAG